AUGAUGUCCCACACAGCAACAAGUACCACCACCGAGCACUCAGACAAAGCCCCGACGUCAAUCGAGGUCAACAACGCCGGCUAUGUGCCCAUCUACAACGACACCGACUACAGCGACUUCCUGUACCUAGCCCCGCCGCUAUCGACCGAGUUCCUGCCCCUGGAGCCGCCCGUCACCGACAAGGCCGCACGGCCCAUGCCCAUGGUGAAGAAGGCCCACGUGCGGCCGUCCGAGACGUUCAACACGGGCACCACGCCGCCCCCGGAGAAGGUCUACGCCGAAGCGACCUUCCCGCCGGUCAUGGCCCGGUCGUCCACGACGUCUGCGAUGGCAGACGACAAGACCGCCGCCGUCGCCGCCGAACGACGCGAGCGCAGACCCAGCUUCGUCGAGGUCACGCCCGUCAAAGUCCAGCACGACCAUGACAAGCACAAGGACGCCCACCACCACCAUCAUCACGAACGAAGGCGGUCCUCGCACGAGUCCGAGCCCAUGGGCUGGUGGCCCGAGGACGACACCAAGGCGCAGCACGAGUGGGUCGAGCAGAACGAGGAGGAGGAUGUCAUCGAGGAGGACGUCUGGAGCGAUGAAUUCUACGAGUAA